AUGUCUAAUAAUAUUGAAAUUGAAGGAAUCAAUUGGAUUGAAGAAGCCAUCUCAAAAAAACAUAUAAAAUAUUAUGAAUAUGAAUAUUUUUAUAAUAUUAAAGAAAUUGGUACCGGAGGUUUUGGAAAAGUCUGUCGUGCAAAAUGGAAACAUUCUAAUAAAUACUUGGCAUUAAAAUCUUUUUAUAAUUUUAACGACGCAACUGUCAAAGAAGUCGUUCAUGAACUUAAGCUUCAUCGUGAAGUUGAUUUUAAUGAUAACAUCAUUCGUUUUUAUGGCAUUACAGCUUCCAAUCAAGAUUAUUUGAAAGUAGCAUUCGACAUACUUACUUGGGAUGACAAAUUCAACCUGGCGCUUCAAUUAGCCUAUGCCUUAUCAUGUUUACAUGACGAGGGAAUCGUUCACCGCGAUUUGCACUCCGGUAAUGUAUUAGUACAUCAUAAUACCAUCAAAUUAGCAGAUUUUGGAUUAUCGAAGAGAAUUGGAGAAGGAUCCAAAUCCCAAGCAAGCUUAUACGGAGUAAUUCCCUAUGUUGAUCCAAGAAGAUUUAUGAGACGAAGGAAAAAUAACGAAAAUAAAACACAAUUAUCUUCGUUAGAUGAAAAAAGUGAUAUUUACAGUAUUGGAGUACUUUUAUGGGAGAUAUCUAGUGGUAAACCUCCUUUUUAUGUUGAAGAUGAACAAUAUGAUAUUGAUUUGGCCUUGGAAAUUUCACAAGGUCUUAGAGAAACGAUCGUUCCUAAUACACCCGUUGAAUAUUCUAAUCUUUACAUUGAAUGUUGGGAUAAUGAUCCAGAUAAUCGUCCAACUAUAAGUCAAGUAGUUGAUAAAUUAAAAUCAAUGAAUCCAACGAUAAAUGUAUCACCAAUUGACCAACAAGCAGUCGAUACUUUUCAAACAUUUAGUAAACUACAGUCUAAUUCAAAUAGUAUUAAAAGUGUUAAUACUACAGGUUUUCAUGGAGAAUUAUCUCAAAUGAUGCAAAAUUUUAAUAACUUAAAUAUAGAAGAAAUGAUUGUUGAACCUUUAACAACACGAUCAUUAAUUGUCAAUAAAAAUGUUGAACCUUUAACAUCAGGAUUUGAAUCACGCGAACAAAAUAAAAAUAUUUCAUCAAAAAAUAAUUUUAAUUUAUCAGUUGAAGAAAUAUAUAAUAUCAUUUUUAAAUUAACAAAUGAAGGGAAGGAAUGGAAUGUAUCGAAAUAUGUUUUAGAAUAUUUUAAUAAUCAUAAUAUUAAUUCACGAGAAAUUUAUUAUUGGAUUAUAAAUAAUCAGAAUGAUUCGAUUUAUAAUUUUUUAUUGGGAUGUUUUAAUUAUUAUGGUAUUGGAAUAGAUGAAAAUCGUAAAGAAGCGUUUAAUUUAUUUAUCAAUGCAUCAAAAAAAAAUCAUAUAUUGGCAGAUUAUUACAUUGGAUUAUGUUACGAAGUUUUAAAGAAUGAAAAGUUAGCUUUUAAAUAUUAUGAAAAAGCAGCUAAAAAUGAAUGUGUAGCUGGAGAAUUUAAAACUGGUUAUUGUUAUUAUAACGGAAUAGGAAAAAAAAAAGGUGUGAAGAUGGCUGCCUUUUGGUGUAAAAAAGCUGCAUAUAAUGGACAUUUAAUGGCCAUGUAUUAUCUUGCUCACAUGUAUAAAAAUGGAAGAGGCGUUAAAAAGGAUUAUGAUAAAGCUUUUGAACUAUUUAAAAUAUCGGCCGAAGGAGAAUAUGCAAACGGAAUAAUGAUGUUAGGAUAUUGUUAUGAAUGUAAAAUCGGAACUGACGUUGAUAAACAAAAGGUACUUGAAUUAUAUCAAAAAUCAGCAAAUUUAGGAAGUAGUAAAGCUCAAUAUAUUCUCGCUUCAAUGUAUAGUAAUGGGAAGGGAAUUGCGAGAGAUAUGGUACAAGCAAUUUAUUGGUAUGAAAAGGCUAUGAAUAAUGGAUAUUUACUGGCAAUGUAUGAUCUUGCUAAUAUAUAUAGAAUUGGAAGUUUUGUUGAGAAAGAUUAUGACAAAGCUUUUAAAUUAUUUAAAAAAUUAGCCGAAGAAGAACAUAUGGAUGGAAUGACAAUGUUAGGAUUUUGUUAUAGUAAAGGAAUUGGAACUUAUGUUGAUAAACAAAUGGCAUUUAAAUUAUAUCAAAAGGUAGCGAAAUUAGGAAAUUAUAGAGCUCAAUAUAAUCUUGCUCUUAUGUAUAAUUAUGGAAUAGGAACUAAGAAGGAUUUAGAUAAAGCAGUUUAUUGGUAUGAAAUGUCCGCUAAUCAAGGAUUUCAUAGGGCUCAAAGUAAAUUUAGGAUUCUUACAAAGAUCAGAAAUAGGUAA